AUGGCUUCUCUCCACGUACUAAUAGGCCUAUGGACAACAGCGCUGGCGAUCCGCCAGUCCAGCGAACCCAGUGAGUUUGAUGCCAAAGAUGCUGCUGCCUACCUCAACCAAAAGUUCCAGAACGGAACCGAUUCCGAGAAUCUCGCCGAGGCCGGUGUGCUGGUGCGGGUGUUUUUCGAAAGUUGGACCUACGUGCACGGACAGAGCCAGCUGAACCACCUCGCCGUCGAUGGUGUCAGCAAGACGGUCGCAGCAGCACAUUCCUGGGAUGACGUGGUUUCGAUUCACAAGCAGGUGAUGUCUGCCUCCCUCCUGAAUGCGGGUCUGAUGGAAGAUUACGGUCUGGACCUCUGGCCGCAUGGCGUCUGCGGCCUGGUUCUCAACAGCUCGUACUACGAACAUAGGUGGCGAUGCUUCUAUCCAGCAGAUGGCUGCUCUGACUGUCGGGAUGGAUCUGGCUGCGGUGCUCGUUUAUUGGAGUUUACUUCUGGUGGGCAGAACUGUUUCAGGACUCUUGACAGUCAGAAGUGCGAUCCAUACCCCAAUCCAAGCUGCGCCUUGACUGAGUGGUCAGCCUUCAGAAACUGGAAAUGCAGCGGCUGCGCUUAUCGUCCCGCUGCCAACGGCUACACAACUGGAGGAUUGGUUGAGGGGCUGCAGAUGCAGCGGGCUUGGAAGGACACGGUGAGGGAGUGUGGCAGCUUCAAUGUGACCGAGCAUUUCCACGGACUCACCUACAACGAAGUUGUCCUGCCCUACACCCCUGAGAGUGCUGACCAGGUGUCUGCUGUUUUCUGUCGCACGGUGCCAGUUGAAAGCACACAAUAUCGCCAGAGCAUUGCAGCCGCAGCCAAGCUGCGCGACCUCUACGAGUCCAAGUUCGCAAAGCCAAUCCCGCUACUGGCGGCAGAUUUCUCGCGCGCUUCACCAUUCUCACCCCUGUGA